UCGGGCGAAUUUUCCCCCAGUGCUGGCUGCAGUAGGUAAUUUUCGGUGCAAGGAUUUUCACCGUUAAAGCAAUCCGUUUCCGCGAUCCGUUCCGUGUUCCGUAUUGAGGGCGAAGUCCCUCCGCACCCGACUGAGAAGAGCUAAGCCGAGGAGGGAUUUGGACCGACGACCCGAGUGAGAGUGGCUAAUCGCGCUGCUGCUGGCUGGGCCGUGUGAUACUAAUUAGUUUAUGAAAUCGGAACAGCAGCGGCGGCGUUGGAACGAUCAUGUUUCUAAGCAAAACUAAAGCCACCGAAAAGUGGCUGGAUGCGCAGUGUGAUGGAACUGCCGCACUUCACACCCUUCCGUCCUGUAUGUCCCUAUGCGAUCUCAAGAACGACAACUACUAUCAGCUAGUCAUCGUGGACGUCCCGCUUUUCGACUUCGAUGCCAAACCCAAGCUAAAAGUGUACAAAGGGACUAACCUGACCAGUGAGCAGAACCUGCCGGAGAUUCCUUCUGCAGUCGAGUGUUUCUAUUUGGACGAACCGGAGCCCAGAAUUCCUAUCAUCGCCGUGGCAAUCUCUUCAUAUGUCUUAUUCUACCGCAACAUGAAACCCUACUACAAGUUCACCGUCCCGGAAAUGGACAUCGAUCCGCUUGAAGCGGACACCUGGAACAAACUGCAAACCGCUCGUCCGGAAAACGUUGACAAACUCAUCGACAACUUGCGCACCCUUCAUCUCUCCCAACUCACCGAACAAUCCCAACACCUUCUCAGCCUCCCCGAAGACAAACGCGCAUCAUUCAUCAUCCAAUCAGCCAACAACGACCUGAAACGUUUGUCAACCAUCACCUCAAUGGUUUCGAUCAAGAAAGCCGCCAACGACUCCAAGUCGGCAUCUUGCCUGAUCCUGACCGUCGAAUCCAGCGAGAUCUUCAUCCUGGACACGCAAGCCUUCGUCAUUCUGCAUCAGGCCCGGGCUUGUAACUUUCAAGGAACGCCCAGCAUGAUCUCGGCCACCGGCCAGUACGAUGUGGACUUCCGCCUGGUGGUCGCCACCCGCGAAGGAUACCUCUGUCUGUUGCGCAAGGGUUGGCUCGUGGGUCAGCACAUCGUCAAGCUGGAUCACCCGUCCGCCGGUUUGGCACUGCUGCCGAUCGACCAAACGAUCGUGGUUGUUUGCAUGAACAACUACCUUCUGUGCUACUCGAAGAAGGGCAAGAAACUCUGGUCGGUAACGCUGCCACAGCCGGCGGUUUGCAUGACUCCGGUCCCGUUGCCGCAUCUCGGUAUUAGCUUGGUCUGCGUGGCCCUUCGCGGUGGAUUGGUCCAGUUCUACUGUCAGAAGAAGCUGGUUGAUCAGUUCUACGCUCCGGAGACCGUGUCGGCGCUGACUUUUGGUCGACUGGGUCAGGAGGAGCACGUUCUGAUUCUGGUCACUUCCGAUGGGUCACUGAUCGUGAAGAUCCUGAAGCGAACGGCCGAGUUUUCGACCACGGAUAAUAUUUAUGAUAUGAAGACGAGCAGUGAGGAGGCGUCUGGGAACCUGCAGAUCCCGAAGAAGACUAAGAUCUUCGUAGAGCAGACACUGAGGGAGAAGGAGCAUGCUGCUGCGAUUCACAAUUCGUUUCAGUCGGAGUUGUGGCGGAUGCGGCUGACGGCGGCCAGGGCUACGGUGGACGUCAUCAAUUCGGCGGAUAGUAACGUCAGUGGGGAUGUUGGAAUGGCUCCGAUCAAAAUGGCGGCUGAAGUUUUGGGAUUGGGACCUGUUUUCAAACUUUUCCUAAUUGUUGAGAAUAUUUCAGCUCGAAAGGAGGCCAGUGGAUUGAAUGUGUUGAUUCAGGCAGAUCACCGUCACUAUAUGGUGGAUCGACCGUACUUGAGAUUGCCGAUGUUAGUACCGGGAGCGCCACUGAAGCUGGAUUUCAAAGUUACGGUCGUAACGGAUCCGAGCGAUGGACUUGCGCCAGUAGACUUAACACCGGAAAACUCAUUUAUCAAAGUGUUGAUUUUCAAAACGGGACACACUAAACCGCUGAUUGCUUCUACGGUCGUGAUGCCGCAGCCAGAACCGCAGAUACUAGGCACGUUUUAACCGUUUGAAGGGUUAUUUUUUUCAAUAUUUCAUACUAAACUGUGUGUAUAUACUUGUAUUCUUGAAACAAUAAAUGUAAAAUAGAUU